GCCAGGCGGGGCGGGCACGGGCUGGCGCUGGCCAGGUGAGCUGAAACGGAUCGAAAAACAAACAAACAACACAAAUAAUAAUACGGAGUGCUUCUUCCCAGCUUCUACUUUAAAUUUACAAAUCAUUGUACAACUACUGGAAAAAUCAGAGGCAAGGAAUAUUAAUGCAAGGCCGGAUGAAUGUUUAAACUAUCAUUACAACUACAUACUACAUAUAUGUAUGUAAUAAUUAUGGCAUUAGACAAAAAAUUUUAAUCUUGCUAGUAAACCAAUUUAUGUAUGUACAUAUAAAAUAAGCCUCAGAAAGAAUGGACAGACUGACUGUAAUAUCUGGAGCACUUUUCGUUGCGGCCGAUGUUUUCGCCAUUAUCAGCCUGGCUAUGCCCGACUGGAUUAUCACAGACGUUGGAGGUGACACCAAGCUGGGCUUGAUGUGGACGUGCAUGACCCUGUACAAUCGACCACAAGUCUGCUUCACCCCAGCUCUGCAGCUCGAGUGGUUGAUCGCGCUCAUUUGCAUUUUCGUGGGGUGUGUUUGUGUAACGACCACCAUCAUCCUGCUGGUGGCCGCUCAUUGGGACCGAAAUGUUAUACCAUAUGCACGAUGGGUUGGGUUCACAGCCAUGGUGCUCUUCUCGCUAGCAGCUGUCAUCUUUCCUCUUGGUUUCCACAUCGAUGAAAUUGGUGGUCAACCCUACCAGCUGCCCAAUAGCUACCACGUUGGUCUGUCCUACAUAUUUUUUGUGCUGGCCCUUUGGAUAACUGUAAUCUCAGAGCUUUUCGCAGGCAAAGUUUGUCUACCUCACUUUUGAAGCUUUCCUUUCCCCUUACAUUGUGAGCCAUUUCUCAUUUAUUGACAAGGUUCCAAUUUGGACAAUUUAAUCUUUACUUAAAAAGACUCAUAUUCUAGAAAUCGCGGCCUCUUGUAAAGAUGGUGUUGCAAUAUUUGUGUCUUUGCUUAAUUUUGGAUAUGAUGUGUACCUAGUUACCUGGUCUGAAUAUGGAUACCUAACUCGCUCUAAGUUGCCAAUUAAUUUUGUGAUCUCAAAUUUGUGCUAAAAUAAACAUUACGCUAUAUCCUAA